AUGUUUCAAAUAUUGAGAUGGCUUUGGAAUAUUUGUAAAUACCCUUUUAGUAACAUUUAUGUCGCUAUCCUGAGUGUUUUAUUUGGUGUGACAGUUUACUUUGAAGUACUCUCUUAUUUUUCGCAGUCUUACAUAAAUGACUGGCCAUCAAUUGAGUGUGGUACUGAUAGUAAUUCAUACAAAUUGUUCUUUGUUGCUGAUCCACAAAUAUUAGGUGAAAAUACUGAAUCGUGGGUCGCAAGGAUGGACUGUGAUAGGUUUUUAAAAAUAAGCUAUAAAUACGCGAUGAACUACGUGAAUCCAGAUUUGAUAAUAUUUCUUGGUGAUCUCAUGGAUGAAGGUAGCAUGUGCAGUUCACAACAGUAUUCCAACUACUUCUCCAGAUUCAGAAACAUUUUUCAUCUCAAUCACAUUCCCAAAAAUAAGACUAUAUUUCUUCCUGGUGAUAACGACAUUGGUGGAGAAAAUGAAGAAGUUACGCCAUUGAAACUUCACCGUUAUGAAAAUUACUUUGGUCCAUCUGUAGAAAUAGUCUCUUACAAAAAUAUUAAGUUUUUUAAGGUUAAUAGUAUGACCAGGAUGUUUCCAGAAUAUAAUGUGGAAAAUGAUACAUCGAUACGGAUAGUCCUAUCACAUAUACCGCUUCUCGGUGUCGACAGUUUUUUAGGGGAAGAGAUUAUUAUGAAACUGAGACCUCAUGCAAUAUUUUCAGCACACGAUCAUAAAUUGAUGCAUUUCAUGACAGAAUAUAAUUCCCCUAAGAGAGAAAUCAUUCAGCAUAUUGAUGUGUCCGAUCAGAAUGCCUUUAGGUUCACCUUUUCGGAAAAGACUAAAAGGGUCAAUGAAAUAUCAAUUCCUACAGUAUCUUAUAGAAUGGGAACAUUAAUACACGGAUACUCAGCUGUUGUCAUCGAUAAAAAACAGGAGAUCAUGUGCUAUUUUUUCUUCAGAUCGCCACGUAGGCUUCUCUUCCUAAACUUUUAUCUCAUUCUACUCAUUUGCUGUGCUGUUAUCGUAACUAGCUACUAUUGCAUAAGAAAACGACGCAAGAUUGUUUGA